CUUCCGGCGGAGAUCGGUGGAGUCUCUACCCCGCCCAGCCGCCGGCAUCCGGCUCCAACAUCGACCAUUGCUAUAUUCAUAUAGCAGAUGCAUCUCUCAUGCUGACCUUCUGCGCGCGAUGCCGUAUCUCCCACCGCAAGCUCGCAUUUUCUCAGUCAGACCCGGCUCCGAUAACCUCAAGCGCCGCCCUUGUCUCGUCCAGAAAGUUAUUGAUCUGUGUUCCCAAGGCCAUUUCCAACGAGCCGUUGAUUCUCUGGACUCGUUAGCUGAUAAAGGCCUGCGUUUGGACUCCAAAACUAUAGCUUUUCUCCUACAAAAGUGUGCCGAUUCGAAAUCCAUUGCACCAGGGAAAUGCGUACACCUCCACCUCAAACUCACCGGUCGGAGACACCCAAACACGUUCAUAGCCAACCAUUUGAUCAGCAUGUACCGCAAGUGCGGCGAUCUCGUCAAUGCAUGCAAGGUGUUCGAUAAAUUGAGCGUGAGAAAUUUGUACUCUUGGAACGCAAUGCUCUCUGGGUAUGCUAAACUGGGCAUGACGAAGGCUGCCCGAGAUCUGUUUGAUGAAAUGCCUGAGAAGAACAUGAUUUCGUGGAACGUCAUGGUCACUUCCUAUGCGCAGGGUGGUUAUUUGGAGGAAGCUGUCAACUUCUAUAGGGAGUCGAGGGUAUCGAGUUCAGGGAUCGACGAGUACACCUUUGCUGGGGUUGUCACUGUUUGUGUCAAGGCCAAGGAGUUAAAUCUGACCAGGCAAGUCCAUUGUCAGGUGUUGGUUGCUGGAUUUUUAUCAAAUUUGGUCCUCUCCAGUUCAAUUCUUGCGGCGUAUGCUUCAUGCGGAGAAAUGGGAGACGCUACCAGGUUGUUUGGUGCAAUGAGAAGCAGGGAUGUUGUCACUUGGACCACUUUGGUCGCCGGAUAUGGGAACUGCGGAGACAUGAAAUCAGCCAGAGAAGUGUUCGACAUGAUGCCUGAGAAGAACUCGGUGUCUUGGACUGCUUUAAUGGACGGUUACGCGCGAAAUGGGUUCUGUAAUGAGGCCAUUACAGUAUUUGCAGAGAUGAUGAAGCAUCAAGUCGCACCCGACAGGUUUAGUUUCAGUGUUUGCAUGUCCGCUUGUGCCAGUAUACCAUCACUCAAUCUUGGCAAACAAAUUCAUGCACUUGUGAUGGUAACUGGGUUCAGACCAACCGAUACAACUGUAUUAAGGUGUCUCGUCGACAUGUAUUCAAAGUGUGGAAGUUUGGAAGACGCGCAGAGGGUGUCUGAUUUUAUGGGGAGAACGCAAAAUGUCGCAUCUGGAACACAACAUUGUUACGUUAAGGAAGCAACGUAGCAUACCAAGAGGAGAUGUUUGUGCUUUCAUAAUUCAUUGAUGUGGGAAUGUGGGAUAAUCUUCAAGAUCACAUUCAGUCUAUCAAAUCUACAUUUGUGCAUUAGAAAGAUUCAUUACUAACAUGGUGAUCAUUUUUGGAGUGCCCUACUUGGUUGGUGUAUAGGAUUGACAAUAAUGAGAUUUUUUUAAU